AUGGCUGGCUCGCGGGCCAUCUUCCCAAGCCUCGACACCGUCCGGUCCAUCGUCGAGAAGCCUCACACUGGCCCAGGCAAGAAGCCGACUCUUGUACCCAUAUACCGCCAGAUUUCCUCCGAUCUCAUCACACCGUCUGCCGCAUAUCUCAAGAUCUCGGCCCACUCCUCGUCCGAGCACUCGUUCCUGUUCGAGUCCGCCGCCACAGAGCAAGUUGGCCGCUACAGUUUCGUCGGCGCUGGCCCGCGCAAGAUCCUCGCCACCGGCCCCGGGUAUGGACCUGAAACGGACCCUCUGCCUGCUUUGGAAAAUGAAUUGGCCGAGCACGUAGUCGCUCACGUGCCUGGUCUGCAGUUGCCUCCUCUGACUGGCGGCGCCAUUGGGUACGUGGGCUACGACUGCGUCCGGUAUUUCGAGCCCAAAACUGCACGGCCCAUGAAGGAUGUCCUCGAGAUCCCCGAGUCCCUGUUUAUGCUUUUCGACACCAUCGUGGCCUUUGACAGAUUUUACGGCAUUAUCAAGGUCAUCAGCUACGUCGUGGUACCAGAGGAUGACAAGACUAGCUUGGAUGCCGCCUAUCAAGAGGCCAAACGCACAAUCGAUGAGCUCGUCAAUGUGCUCAACUCUCCCGAAAUCGAGCUUCCCGAACAAGGGCCCAUCAGCUUGGGGCAAGAGGCCACUUCCAAUAUUGGACAAAAGGGUUACGAAGCACACGUCACCACUCUGAAGGAACACAUUGUCAAGGGUGACAUCUUCCAAUGUGUCCCGUCGCAACGAUUCGCCCGGCCUACUAGCCUCCAUCCAUUCAAUAUCUACAGACACCUUCGGACCGUCAACCCGUCCCCGUAUCUGUUCUACGUCAACUGCAAGGACUUCCAGAUCGUCGGCGCCUCCCCCGAGCUCCUCGUCAAGAGUGAAGCCGGCAGGAUCAUCACACACCCUAUCGCCGGUACUGUCAAGCGCGGCAAGACGCCCGAGGAGGACGAACGGCUGGCCGACGAACUGAGAAGCUCCCUCAAAGAUCGCGCCGAGCACGUCAUGCUGGUCGACCUCGCCCGCAACGACAUCAAUCGCGUAGGAGACCCCCUGACCGUCCGCGUCGACCGUCUCAUGGUCGUCGAAAAGUUCAGCCACGUCCAGCAUCUGGUGUCGCAGGUCUCAGGCGUCCUAAGACCCGACAAGACUCGCUUCGAUGCCUUUAGGUCAGUCUUCCCCGCCGGCACUGUCUCUGGCGCACCCAAGGUCCGCGCCAUGGAACUCAUUGCCGAGUUGGAGAGGGAAAAGCGAGGUGUCUACGCCGGAGCGGUGGGUUACUUUGGCUACAGAAGCGAGGACGCCAACGGAAAUACGGUAGAGGGCGCAAUGGAUACCUGCAUUGCGCUGAGGACAAUGAUGGUCAAGGAUGGAGUGGCAUAUCUCCAAGCCGGUGGUGGCAUCGUCUUCGACUCGGACGAAUACGACGAAUGGAUGGAGACAAUCAACAAACUCGGCGCAAACAUGCAGUGCAUCAAGUCAGCGGAGGAGCUAUACUACGACCAGCAGCAAGCUAUCAAAAGUGCCUAG